AUGCUGAGUGACGGUGUGAGGCAGAUCAAUGCCGUAUCUGAGAGUUUGCCACCUGAUGAGCGUGGAAUUCUACAGCUCUCCGAGGCAGAGGUCGCUCACCAAUUCGGCAUCGAGCGGAAUAGCAGCCUUUACAAUCCUGACUUCUUCGGUCAAGGCGCAUUGGCAACGCUCAACCCCUAUUCCCUCGAGCUCAAGCAUUACCGCACUUGGGCCUCAACUGUGGGUGGCUCAACGAGCCGUAGCCCCAACAUGUCUCGCCUUCUUUAUCCGACCUUACCCGUCAUCCAGCCCAACAAAAUGAGCGUCAGCAUUGGGUGCAUCAAUCUCUUUCAGGGAAUCCUGAACACGACAAACUCUCCCGCACUCGCACUGCAAGCGGGACCCGCCUCGCAGCCUCGCAGCCUUGUGGUCUGGGUUUCUCUUCUGAAGCUAGACCCAAAGCGGCAGAUGAAGAAGGGCUACAAGCAGGGAAAGGAAGAAUUCCAGUCGCCAGAGCUCCUGCGAUCUAUAGCUUGGCACUUUCGGCCGCAUUUAAUAUCCAAACCUCUCGCCUGGAUGAAACCGCUAACUCUACAGCCCUUGAUGUCGACAUCUCCAUAUGAUGUGAAGGCAUUAGCGACGGAAGCAUUAUGGCAACCAUAUCCGAAGCGGGAGUUGGAAGUGGCCUAUUACCCGUUUGCUGUCAAUGAAGCAAGGUUUCGCUUGUACGUGAUUGCAGCGGAUCUACUACCCUUAGUCUUAUGCGGCAAUCCAGAGGACAGUCCUUUACCUGGUCAUGUCUCUUUAGACACUGCGGCAAAGUUCAGCCAGUUCGAGCUGGCCUGGUCCGUGUAA